AUGAAGUUCACUGCUAUUCUCAUCAUGGCCGCUGGUGCCUUCGCCGCUCCAAUCGUCGAGCGUCAGGUCUCUGGUACACCCCCAGUUGGCAUCCCACCCUUCCCUACCGGUCCUUUCCCAACGCCCUCUGGAGGCUUCCCGCCGUUGCCUACUGGAGGCUUUCCAUCUGGCCCACCACCAUUCCCCACUGGUGGUUUUCCAGGCUUCCCUAGUGGAGCACCUCCAUUCCCCACCGGCGGCUUCCCCGGUUUUGCAAGCGGCGCUCCUCCGCUCCCAACUGGAGGUUUCCCCGGUCUUCCCAGCGGCGGUCCACGACCAAGGCCUACUAGACCAGGCUCCGCACCUGUGCCUACUCCCAUCGGUCCUCCAGCCUAG